AUGGACCUCCUUAACGAUACUGAUACCCAGGCAUUCGUCUACGCGGCAGCAUUUAAAAGCCCUUCGAAUGCACCACACGUUCCAGAGAAUUACGUCGGGGCUGUGUCCAGUAUCUUUUGCGUAAUGGAGCGCGUCAACCUUUCAACCAAGAGUAGGUCAGUGACACCACCACUGGCUCUUCGAGCUCCCUCCUCCAGCCGGUGCAGAGAUUUGUCUAAUCGAUCGAAGGAGCGCACGCUCACACGCAAAGUCGCAAAGUCCCGCCUGUUCGUACGGAAAGCGGCCAUCCCAUCCCUUUUUCGGCAACUCCAACUCGCCAUUUCGCUACACCGACGCGCCUGCCUUAGAGCGACAGAUAAACAUGACUCUCCGCGAUCAUCGGGUAGGACCCUGCCGCUAUGGGUCAAGAUCUUGGACGGGCGCGUGGUGACGGCUCAGGGUGACAUCAAGCCGCCAAACUUCCUCAUCGACCCUCAGACCCUACAGGUGACCAUCAUCGAUUUUGGCGGUAUCAGCGCCCUGUCGCAUUCGUUUGUCAGCUUCACAGUACCACAUUGCCGAGUUUUUGCCUUGGAGUCAGUACUCUUUGGUGAUGGAAGUGGCUACAGGGUUGUAUUGGCCAAAACCGGACCGGGGCAAGAGUUUUGGUAG